AUGUACAUCCUAUCCCCCUCCCCCUUCGUCCAUCCGUCGAUAUGCGCUGCUCACUCGGAGGGGCCAACGGAACCCGCCUUGCCGGCCCUGACGGAACGCGAUCACGAGACCGCGACGCGCGUCGGGCAGGCCAACACGAAGUCCGCCCCUUCGUUGGCUGACCACCACCGUCAGCCACAUCCUAUCAUCUCUUUCCUUCGCGUGCGCCGGUCGCAUGCAACACUGUCUAAUCAUCCUAAUUCCAACUUCCUGCUGAAUAUGCCUCCGUCGCCGCGCAAGACCCGCUCGUGCUCUCGUCUCGUCUCUGCGAGCUACGACCCCGACUCCGCUCCCGACUCUCCCCUACUAGGCUCGCCCGCCGCUUACCUCGCCGCUACCUCCGUCCCCGUGAUGAAAGCCGAGUCCAUGGACCCUGCGCGGGGCUACCAGCCGCGCUCAGAGAAGCGUGCGCGGCACAAGAUGACCGAGCCCCAGUUGCAGCGGCUCGAAGCACUCUACCGCGCAAACACGCACCCCGACCGGCAGGCGAAGGAGGACGUCGCAAAGGAGACUGGGAUGCCCCUCAAGACCGUGUUGAUCUGGUUCCAGAAUAGACGGCAGGACCGCAGGAGAAGCAAGGCCGCUGCGGCGUCGAAGGCGGCCGCACAGCGCGCGGAACGCGCGCAGGCACCGAAGGCUCGCAAGCCGUCUGCGGCGAAGGCGAGGACGUCUCCCGGACCCCCGCGGAAGAAGCCCAAAAUUACCGUCACCACUACCCCAACCGCCACGCCCAUAUCGAUCGCACAGGUGCAAGAUGCUGCGAGGCAGCCGUCUUCGCAGGCUACUGCCCCCACGGUCUCCUCGCACGCUGACGACUUGAUGGACGUCGAUGAGAGCUCGCCCUCCACAGCUCCGACCUCAGUUCACGAGGGUACCAAGCAGAUGCCUCGCGUCCCCCGCUCGCCCAGCAGCUCCUUGGACUCGUCUUCCUCCGCUGGCACUGGACCGGAUGCGCUCUGGAGGUUCAUCAACGUCUCUCCACCUCCUCCGCCGCCUCUUCCGCUCCCGGCACCGUCGCAACGUGGUGCAGGGUCCGCACGGCGACCCUUCGGAAAUCUCCAAGGCCAACAGCAACAGGUGGCACGCAGAGCCGACCUCGAGUGGGCGUGCGCGAACUCGGCGUUCCGCCGCAAACACGGUCAGUACGUCUACCGCGACGAGGACGACUCCGAGGGCGAGAGCAGCGGGCACGAAGACCCUCCCUUGGACUUGCGGGUGAACAUCCCGCGGGAGUACGAACUGCUCUUCCCGCCGGACAUGGUUCUUGGCGCGUCGCUCCUGCUCACGCUCAAGCACUCUACUGGCUCUGCUAGGCUUUGA